AUGACAAUCAGACAUCAGAAACUUCAGUACGAUCUGUUAACCUGGUCUUUCACGAUGUGGAUCGACCGAGUAGCGCGUUACAAGUCACCAAUAAAAAUGACUAGAAAGGAAUUAUGGUGCUCAUACAUGUGCUGCUAUUUUAUAACCCUCGGGGCGGUCAUCUGGGUGUCGAUAUACCUAGCACUCGACCCCGAGAACUACAGAUGGCGUCAGAAGAACGGAGCAGCGAUUUCCACUGCUGCAGAACCAGCAGAAGCGCUACCUCCAAAGCCCGAGGUGCCUCCACACCAGCAGGACGGUACCGCUGAACAGGACCCGGAUCGCCUGAAGAUCAUGAAGCCCCACUCCGACCAGAAGAUCCAUCCGAAGGUCACUGAGCCGCUGAAUCCGGUCAGGGCGAGCAUGACGAUCCAUGUGGAUGUCAGCGGUCCAGGUCAGCAGCUCCAGUGGGUAGUGACGAAGUCCCCUGGUAGUGGUGGUGUGAUGCAGCCGAAGCCGGCGAUUAUCCCGCAUGGACGGAACCCAGAGCCAUUUCCUUGGGGCUUAGCAAUUCCAAGAGGGGAAUAUUCAGAUGUGGAGGGGAGCUCGGGAUUUCCUGAUAGGAAUCAUCAACUCCAGGGGAGAAUUUUAUUUUCUCCGGAUGACGGGAAGUGGGAUAAAGGGCGGGCAGAUGACAGGAGAAUCCCGGUUACUGUCAACCUUGAACUGUCCUCGUCCUCGUCCCUUCAAACGAUUCCGGGUAGAGCUGAGAAGAUCUCAAGGUCAUCACGAACAAUGAAAUUACCCGAUUCUGUGAUCGUUGGAUCUGUCCUUGAAAAGGAAUACGCAACAGGGAUGAGAUCAUCGCCAGAGAUGACGAAAUCGUCGAUUGGGGGAGUCACUUCCAGUCCGUGGAGAGCAGUAUCAGCAUCUAGGGGAAGCAGCGCAAGUGAUAAGAUAAGACAUGUCUUUCCUGCUGAGUCAUCAUCUCCAUUUCAUGCCGGUAAUUCUACCAGUUCAGAGAAUUCCAGGAAGAGAAUUGUGAAUGAGAAGAGAUCAAUUGCGGAUUUUAUGACAGAGAAAGUCAACAGAAAUAAUCUUGACGUUGGAGGUGAUGAUUUAGGAAGAUCAGGAGGGAAAAUAGUUGAGUUAAAGCCCAGUUAUGAGUCCGAGAAAAAAUGGGGAGUGGAUCAAGUUGACCCAGAAUUCAAUUCAACGGUAGUAAGUCAACAGCAAGUGAUUAGACUUGAGUCUAAUGUAACUCAUAACUUGGGAAUGAUUUCAACUGCUCGAGGUGAGUCAGAUGUCAGUCCAACAUCAGCAAGUCAUCAAGAAGUGGAGCUUGAGUUGAGAAGAUUGAUUCCAUCGGGAUUGAACGUGACUCAAGAGAUUGUCGAGAAGUCAGAAAAUCAAUCGGAAGCAAUUUCACAUGACUCGGUCAUCGGUUCUGAGUCAUCGACAGGUUCAGGAGUGACUCAAGCGGCAGAAACAAAUUCGUCACUGAGUCAAUCCCGUUCAGAAGUUCAUUCUAACGAGCCAAAUCUGAUUUCAGAGUCAGAAAGAACUGUAGAAGUAAAAUCAUUUGACUCAGUCAUGACUCGUGACCUCGAGUCAAGCUCCCGAUUGACUCACACCCAUGAAAAUUCGAGUCCUGGCUAUGACUCAAGUCUACACUCCAUCUCAACUGAGUCUUACGAAAGUGUUGACCCGCCAGAGGUACCUGAACACGUCUUGAAUGACUCAAGAGUGACUUACACUGACUCAACAACUAUUCUUCAGGGAGAAUCGACUGAAAAUGACUUUGUCCAUCACCCGGAUCACUCUUAACUCCUCAAAAAUUCAAAUAACCGUUCGGAGACGCUGUAGACAGUCUCAUCAUACCCCAGCGGUGACGCAGACUCAGUAAAAUAAGUCAACCCUGGACAUCGUCCCUCGGAAGUGAUCACCGAAUAAAAGAUGCUCGAGACCUUGAGCGUGCGUGCGCCAGAUUUUAAGAAGCUACUCCCGAGACAACGCCGCCGAAGGAAGAGCAACAAUCGUCGUAACAUCCGGCUGCUAGCCCCAACAACCCAACGUGAAUGAGGUUGAACUGAGGAAAUUUACUCUUCAUGUUUCUCCCACCCUUGACGA